GGUAGUAGUAUAUAUAUAGAGAAGAGAAGAGAAAAGAAGAGAAGAGAAGAGAAGAGGAUAUAAUAAUAACAGCAACCGCUAUUACUCUCGUACAAGAAAGAAUCUUGGUAUACGGACGAAGAACGGAAAGCAGAAAGUAAAGCAGCAGUAGUAACAUUGGAAGGGAAGAGCAAAAGAUAAAAAGAAAGUCACCAUGUCGUCGUUCGACCAACCCCUCCCGCCCUUCAACGCCUCGGACCCCAACGCCUCGUUCCUCAGCACGUCGUGCCUGGACUUCCUGAUGAUCGAGCUGGUGCCCAUGGCGUACCGCGUCGCGAACGAGCUGGAUGCGCCGGAGCCCGGCGCUGCUGCCGCUGCUGCUGCUAAUGGUGAGAAUGGCGGGGAGACGGGGACGGGUGGGCAGAAGUUGGAUGAGGACGAGGAGAGGGAUGCGGUUUUCUUUAGGCUGGAUGGGCUGGGGUAUAGAGUUGGGUUGGGGCUUGUUGAGCGCUUCUCCCGCGACCGCCCACGCUUCAACGACACUCUCGACGCCAUCAAGUUCAUAUGCAAGGACCUAUGGAUGCUAGUCUUCAAGAAGCAAGUCGACAACCUCAAGACCAACCACCGCGGCGUCUACGUCCUGACCGACAACGCCUUCCGCCCCCUUUCGCGCAUGAGCGCCGAUGCCGGCGGGCACGCUGUCGUAAGGGCCCAGCCUUUCCUCUGGUUCCCCUGCGGCAUCAUCCGCGGCGCCCUCGCCGCCAUGGGCAUCGCCGCUACCGUCCAGGCUGAGACCAACGAGCUUCCCGGCGCCGUCUUCCAGAUCAAGACCGUGCCUACCAAGCAAUGAGAUCUCGUCACCUAGCUUAACCUAACCAACCUACCUAGACUUUGCCUACUUACUACAUGGCAGAAUUCUUUCUUGGCACGCGGAAUGUCCACGUAAGACAUGCAUGGCAGGAUCCAUCAUACCGGAAUUUUAGAGGCGCGGCGGCGUAAAAGAAAGGAAAGGCAGGGUGGGAUCUAGCAUUUAGAAGUAACGGCGUUUAGGU